GGAGAUGGGAGAUGGGAGAUGGGAGAUGGGAGAUGGGAGAUGCGUUGAGGCUAACCUUGAGUGCUUUGAAAGAAGUUAUUCAGGUAUCUGGCUUGAGUUGACUUGUUGAUGAGUCUGAUGAUUCUUCUCUUUCAACCUUUGGGAGGGGGAGGAGAGCUACUUUAUACUCAACUCCCACCAUCACAUCUCCCUCUUCCCUCUCCCCCUUUCUCUUCUUUUUUCUCCUCUUCGCUUUCCAGCCCUCCCAUCAUCGUCCUCCCCUUCUUCCAGGUUGUCUCAGCUGAGAAGUUUCCAUUACACAUUCGAAAGCCUGCUUCUAGAGUCAACAUGUUUCGGGUCGCGACGUAUCACCAGACAUUUUCCCCUCAGACCGAGUGGGAGCGGUGUCGAACCAUGGCCUGGCCUGGUCUCUUUACUGUCUCCGAUGAUCUGCAGUUAGGUUGGAAUGAACAUCCAUCCUUCUACUUCUACCACCUCUCACUCGUUGGAAGAUAGAACGCGAGGUGGGUGAUGAGAGGGCUUAGUUAGGGCUGAAGACAGUUUACGCUGGCCUUAAGACGCCUUUGACGCCUAUCCCGAGUUCUCACAGACUUCACAAACAGGGGUGGUUGUUGUUGAUUGGACUACGCGGGCUACGCUGUGGGCAUCAAACACCGACCAAUUCGAGAACUAACAGAAGUAAACAACAGGGGUUGGUACAACCUCUCACAAAACUUCCACAGCAUGAGAAACACCUCAGUUACAGAUUUACAGUUACAGAUCGGGCUCGAACCUGAUUCCCGUCGGUGAGAUAAACGAUCAGGGAAUCUCCCAAUUGCCGUACCCGAGCCGGUGAUAAACGUAGAAGAUGAUCCCGCGUGGAGUCAAACAUCGUCAGACAUACCUUGCCCAUGGGGAUGGCGAGAUCCAUAUUUUACUCGUUGUCUUGCUUCUAAGCGCCUAACGAAAGCACAUCUCCCUCUUCAUAACCGUAGGGAGUGUAUUCACUGACUCCUGUGGCUGGCUUUUCUUCGUCAUCUUCGUAACCACCUACUGUCAACCUACCUAGAGGUACCUACCGCCCCCUGACUCCCUGCUUACCAUACGGAAUUCGCUCCGAACCACAAUGGCCAAGUAACAACAAGUAACACAAAACACGGUCCCGUCCCGAGAGAAACUUCCAGGGACCAGACCGCCAAAGCCCAACAUUACACAAACUGUGGGGUAUAUGGUUUCACGAAAGAGGGACAGAGCGACGGCCACAGAUCUUGUCUUAUUCCACUCCCGUAGAUGGCGACACCAUUUUCCCGUGUGCGAGCUGAGAAACGGGAGAUGUACGUAAGAAAGAGGGCUGGCUGGAAAUGUGAAGAAGAAUGAAGGAAGGUGCAUAACUGCGGGCAUGCAGACUCGCGGACUUGCCGGCGUGGCUAACCACUGGCUCAACUGUGGUGAAAGAGGGGAAGUUGUAGGGCUUCAUUGGGUUAGAUUUUGUUAGACAUGGGGCUGAAAGCAUGGUGGUUGUUUGACGGAAGUUGAGAGGAGUUGGUACGUCCAAGCUUUUCGUGUUGAGUUGAGGCUUUUGAGAGCGAGGUAGAUCAACUCAAGUUAACACCAGAUGGAGUAUCGCGGUACAAAAGAAUCGCAGCAUUUGAGUGCAAGUGACUCCGGUUUCAGCACGGAAUAAAUCGAUUUGGUAACAGAGUUGAGAAAAAUAAGAUAAAAAUAAACUGCGAGUGAUAAUGCACAAAAAGGGAAGAG